GAGUGGCGGGGGGAGAAAGUAAACACAGCCGGCCGGCCCUGCCCGCGGACCGGCCGGGGCGGGAGGGGCUCCGCGCCUGACGUGAUGGGCCCCGGCGCGGCCGCCCCCGGGCAGGAGCACGCGGGGCGCGGGGCAGGCAGUAUCCUCUCCCCCGGACCCUGCGCCGGACUCGGGCCGGCCGCGCGGGCGGCGCUCCCCCCUCGCCGACUGCGCGCCGCCCCCGGGGGGCGGCGGUGAAGGACCUGCCCGGCGCCCCGCUAUUUAUUCGCCCCCCACGCCCCCUUCCUCCUCCGCCCCGCUCUUUCCCGCGCCGCGGGCGGGCCAUGGCUGGCGGCGGUGCGGUCGGCCCGGCGGACGAGCAGUGAGGGCGAACGGAGCCCCCCUUGUCGUCGGGGCGCGGCCGCACCAUGUCGGCCGUCGCGUACGUGGACUUCGUAGCGGCGCAGUGCCUGGUCUCCAUCUCCAACCGCUCCGCCGUGCCCGAGGCGGCGCGGCUGAAGGUGCCGGACGAGGGGGAGGCGGCCCGGGAGCUGCGCGACCCCCGCGACGCCUGGAAGGACUACUGCGCCCUGCUGGCCAUCGCCAAGAGCCUGCUGGAGCUGAACAAGUACCGGCCGCUGCCCGCCCCCUCCGUCUGCAGUGACAGCGUGGAGAGCCCCGACGAGGACGCGGGCUCCGACAGCGACGCGGCCACGGAGCAGGGUUCCAUCCCGCCCCGUAGCCCCCCGCCGGGGCCGCCCCCCCGCCUGCGCGCCGCCGGGGCCGCCCCUAAGGGGAAGCUGGCGGCCGAGAAGCGGCACAAGUGCCCCUACAGCGGCUGCGGCAAGGUCUACGGCAAGUCUUCCCACCUCAAGGCGCACUACCGGGUGCACACAGGUGAGCGGCCAUUCCCCUGCACGUGGCCCGACUGCCUUAAGAAGUUCUCCCGCUCGGACGAGCUGACGCGGCACUACCGAACCCACACCGGCGAGAAGCAGUUCCGCUGCCCGCUCUGCGAGAAGCGCUUCAUGCGCAGCGACCACCUGACCAAGCACGCCCGCCGCCACACCGAAUUCCACCCCAGCAUGAUCAAGCGAUCCAAAAAGUCCAGCUCCGGCAGCUCCUUGUGAAGGCAGGGCUGGCCCUGGGGAAGGAGCGGAGGAGAGGCGGGCUGUGGCGAGGGUGCAGGCAGUGGUGCCAGAACACGAGCAUCCACUGCUCUGCCGGUCACCCUCGCUGUCCGAAAGCACAUGUAGCCGGCAUUAAAAAAAAAAAAAAAUAAAAGUACUCAGUAUCCCCCUCCCCAUCUUCCACCUCCAGGCUCUGCCCUGAGAACAGUCUGGAACAAGUGGACUGUGGGGUGAGAGGAGGGAAGGGGCAGCCAGGGAGGAGGUGACACCUCUUCCGAUGUCAUGCGUUGAUACUGGUGUACAUACAUAGGACUGGGCGGUCUGGCCUGUGCCACCACAGUAGCAUGACCCCAAAGUCUUUGUGAUUGCUGUGUCAUGAACAUGUUUUGUUGAACAGUGUAAUGCUGCUUGUAUUUAGAGUCUGUCGAGUAAAAACACUUUCCGAGUCACAUAAAUAACUCAGAUAAAAACUCCAUAGCACAUUGUAGAAGUGGGUUUACUUCUGUGUAUCUUCUGCACUUAAAGAGGCUAUUAAGAGAAACAUUACAUAUGUUACCAAUAGUAUCUGAUUGAUAUACUGAGAUAAGGUGAAUUUAUACUCAAUAAGGCCCAUUAAAGUAAAUAGGUAUUUUUAACUUUUCUUUGUAUUAACUGUACUUUUGAAUAUCAGCUGGACUUUUCCAGUAAAAACAUGUACGAUUCAAGAAAAUACUUAAAGCAAAAAAAAUCCCCAUAAAGAGCUCAGUAAUUUUCUGACUAUUUGUGUAUUUAGCUCUGUUAUUCACUUACCUGGAAAAAUCCAGCUCAGCCUAGAUAAUGUGGCGGGCAUGUGGGAGCUGAAGCAUAUGUGUCUCAUAUGAUCCCAUACUUUACUUGUCAGUGAUAUAGUACUGUACUACAGAAAUGCCACUAACAGUGCUUUAUUCUGCUGUGGUUUGUUCGAAUGGGUGCACAAAGCAGCUACCAUCUUUACAAACAGCUGCUUUUUAAAAGGCUUUUUCUCUUCCUACACUUGCCUUAAAGAUUUAUUCUCUUCAUACCAUGGCCUAACUCCCUUGGAGUCCUAUGGGAAUUGUGUGUGCUUAUGGAGAGAGUAGACCUUUUCUUAAGAGCACUCUGAUAAUGGAAACACCUAAAAUUACUGUAAGGAGCACUUUGGAAGGGCUCCUGUAUCACUUGAUUGCUCUUUCUCUGGAGUAUGGGGGAAUACCACAAGCUAAUUUGAAACACAGAAGGUGUUUUGCAAUACUCCUUUAUGACAUAAGCUUCUCUUAGUACUUUUUACCUGUGUCAUGCAUGGCACGUCAAAUGGUGAUAAAAGCAAUGUUAACUUUUAUUUAAAAGCUAUUUUUUGGAUCUUUAAAAGGAGCAGAAAGACCACUGAAUGAAAACUUUUAGAUGUAAUCAUUAGUGAAUAUUUCAAAUUUUUGUAUGUUAAAAGCAUGAAAUUUAAGAGGUUAUCAGUGAUAUUUUUUUUCCCCUCCCCAGCUGCAUAAUGGGGGAGAAUUCUGUUUACACAUUAUUUUUUUCCAGCAAUGUUCUUCUGUUUGGUUUUUACCCCUUCCUCCAGAAGAGGAAGGGGAGGUGCAGCCCUACUAGAGACUUAGGGCCAAAUUAAUUUUGUGAGUAUUUACACUGAAACCCAAAGUGUCUCCACUGCAGAUGAAUUUAGGUCAUCUUGUAAAAUUGUGUACAUAAAAGAUCUUGUUAGCACACCUGCAAUUACAGUAUCUUAUUGUUUUAUCUGAUAAAAAGCUUGCUUCCUAGAAACAAACAUAAAAAAACUAACUCGGAGAGUAGAGUGUUUUCCUCUACAGUUGUAUAUGGCUUUCAGCAUUAGAAAUCUGUUUGCAUACUGUGUUUUUACCUGUGUAGUUCAUGAUAGAUUUCGUCUUUGUGAAGAGAACUUCUUUUAAAGCAUUGGGGAUAUUGAACAGUCUAUGGAAUAAAAAGGGAUGUGUUUUCUUCAGUGAAGACAUCAGGAAACCAAGCACACUUUCUACCUCCGUUUCAGCUUUUUGAAACAUUUAUUUUAGAAACCAAACUUUAAUUUCUCGUAUUCAGAUUGAGUCAUAGAGGCAUAGGUUCUUUGUAAUAAAAUCUGGUAGUGCUGGUGUUUUUAUUGAUCAAGAAAUACAGAACGUAUUCUGCUUACCAGUACUGUUAAUGCUGCCUUGUGGAGUAGGGUCAGGGCCAUGAGCAGCCUGAUGAGAUUCAGAGGUGCAUCUUUGUUCAUCUUUGUUCUUCUCUCUGAAGAUCAAGCUAGAUUUCAAGUCUCCGUCCUGCAGUCUGGAUUGUUGCCAUUUUGUGGGACAAAUACAGCACUUGGAAAAUUAAAGCCCGAUCCUGUGAAAUGCAAGAGAUCCUCACAUCAGAUCAACCACAACUAGAAGCCACAGCUGAUAAGCAGCUCCUAAAUCAGUAUAUAAACAUUUUGGUCACUUAGCUGCCAGGAUUAACUGAUAUAUGGAAGUAAAUGGCCAGCUUUAUAGUAUCCAUAUUGUGUAUUUGGGGUAGAAUGCACACUUAAAGAAAUGUUCCUGCAAAGUCUGAAAUAGGCGGGAGGUACUUUAGUCCAUGGGACAAUGGGACAUGCAAGGCAUGUGUCACCACUGCCAGUGACAAAAUCCUGUUUCUGAAAAAAACCCUUCCUAAAUGGUAGUGUAUGCUGUAUUUCAGCAUUGGACAGACAGGAUUAAUGUGAUUCAUUAAUCUCUAAGAGAAUGCAAUGGAAAUUACCAGGUUUGGGGAUAUCAUUGUACUGUUUUGUUCAUUUGGUUUAGUUUGGUUUUUUUUCUUUCAGUAAAAACAAACAAUGGCUUUAACACCUAAAACAAACUGCAGGUUAGAUCCUUGCAUCUUGAAGUUAAGUUUUGAAUAGUGUUGCAAGUGUUGGAAAAGAAAAGGAAAAUCAGGUUCUCUAAUACUGUAUGUACUUGUUGUACUAUUUUGGAAGUACUUAAUAGCGUUGAAGUUAGGACAGCUUCUCUCCUUGAUUAAGAAAGUCCAUUAGUAUAGAGAAGUCAUGGAUUUAAAGGUAUAGCUAUAUAACAUACUUCUUCUUGAACUUUUUUCAUGACCGACAUUACAGAUCUGUUUUCACCUUGCAGAUGGACUUAGGCCAGCAAACACCAGGCUGGACACAUACUUAAAAAUGCUGUUCUACAAACCAGUGAUCUGUAACACUGUAAAAUACCAACUCCCAAUAGUUUAAUCAGUUUUAUUUUUGUACAGUAUUCGUAUUCUUUAUAAGUUAUUUUGCUGUCCUGUUUUGUAAAUCACAUGAAAUUGUAAAAAAAGGAAAAGAAAAAAAAGUAGGCAUAGGUGUUUUUGUACAUAUGUAUAUAUAUAUUGUCCAAAUAAAGAAAAAAGGAAUAAAAAACCCAAACUUGGUCUUGAAUGACUGGAAUCAAGCAGUGGUCACGUAAACCAGCCUGAAUGACCACAAAAAAAAAAAAAAAAUACUGCACAUCAUGAAAUCCAUAAUUUGAGCAGUGUGUGAACCAGCUUCAAAGGUCUUAGUGUUGCUAGUCAUCAUUUAGCUUGGGUUGUCUUUCUCUACUUUCCCAGUGUGUUUUCCCAGGCAUUCCUUCUGAUACAGCAGGGAGAUAGAGACAAAACUUGUACUCAGGAAAA